AUGGCUGAGGGGGUGGCUGUCUGUGGCACAGAGGGGCGCCACCAGCUGCCCCUGCAGGAGCAGCAGCCAAGGCCGUCCCAUGGGGAGAACCUGUGGGGUGUGGCAGCUGAGAGGAUGGAGGAGCCAGCGGCCGCAGAGCCAGCGCCCGCUGAGCCUCCAACACUAUUGGGAGCAGCACCACCAGCAACUAUAACUGAUGAUGCAACUGAGAGGAUGGAAAAGUCCGGAAUUGAUGAAGCACCCAGAAAGGAUUCAGCAGCAGCAGCAACACCGCCAACAACUGGAACUCAUGCAUCUACUUUUCGGGACAUGGUUACCUUCUUAAAAUCUCCAGCGGGUGAAAGAUAUAUAAUACUUGAGAUUUUCAUCCUUGCUGCCAUGACACUGCUGCUUUUCCUUCUAUAUCAAAAGGAACUAAAAAGAAGGAUGGAGUUUCAAAUGGCAAUUGAUAUCAUUCGGACCUUUGUUGUUGGGCUUGAUACAAUCCAUGAAGACAAGGAUGAUCAGAAGGAACUGAAAAACAGAGAGGAGUUUCAAAUGGCAAUGACCAUGAUUCGAAACUUUGUUGUUGGGAUUGAUUCAACCUAUAAGGACAAGGAUGACUUCCAAAUACUCGCUGCAGCUCACAACAUAUCAGAGGAAAUGGUGUAUUAUGCCAACAUAAAUGAUCAACUGCAAAAAGAAAUUGACAUCCUUACUAGAAACUUGAAUGAUGGUUGGGUUUUAUAUUCAAGGGCCUUCUAUUUCUUUUCUCUUGAGCUACGCACAUGGGUGGAUUCCCAAAGAAAGUGUGAGAGGGAAGGCGCCAAGCUCAUUUCUAUGCAAACAAAGGAAGAACAGUAUUUUAUAAACAAGGAAGUAAAAUUCCGUAAAAUGGUUUUUUGGAUUGGAUUAUUUAAAAACACAGAAAGGACAUGGACAUGGCAUUCAGGUUCGAAGCCUGCAACCACGUACUGGAAUUACUAUGAGCCAAAUGGACAACCAGGCCAUGACUGUGCUGCUAUGUCCUUUGAUUGCUACUAUGACAGAUGCUGGAUGGCAUUACAAUGUGAGCGACGCAUACAGUAUAUUUGUAAGAAGGUGCCUGAUGAUACUUGGCUCUAAGAAGACACUUUAAGACGGAUUAAACUGUAUCCCAUGAUUUCUACACAAAAGCAAAACCAAGAGAUCACCGCAUCCCACAGUUUUAACGCACAAUCCACAAUCUGCCAUCUAGGUUAUGGGACUCUCUGGCAUCAGCCCUCACGAUCACCUUGAAUAGAACUUAUUCUGCAAGCUCAGACGUAGAUGGCUACAAAAAUAGAGAAUGGAAGGGUCCAAUCAUA